ACAUUAAAUCCAACCUGCCUCCAUCCAGACACAGCGCACAGCCAAUCAACCUGAUCUGAAGAUCGAAAAUAGGAGGGCUUACAGUAAUCAGCCCUCGGAGUCUCAUGACAAGGAACAGUGUGGCAGCGUUGUGGGAGCGCUCGGCACACACAGCAGGACGCUCACUGGCGCUGCGCUCUCAGCUCAUAACCAACCAGAUAGCGCGAAGAGAGACAGAAGGGGGGGGGGGGCGGGGACGGUAUAGGAGCAUCCAGUGACGGAUGCGUUUUUUAGCUUGAUUUUGGACGCUCUGGAGUGUAAGAACAUCGGGAGACAGAGAGAGGCCGUGCGGGGAAAUUAAGCCGGGUGCUUUUUUUUUUUUCCUUUGGAGGGAUUUGACCAGAGUGCCCUUGUAUCGUCGUCUCCUCCGGAUGAUCAGAAAUGGGGGAAUGGACUAUACUAGAGAGGCUCCUGGAGGCUGCUGUCCAGCAGCACUCUACUAUGAUAGGAAGGAUCCUACUAACAGUGGUGGUCAUCUUCCGGAUUCUAAUCGUAGCGAUAGUUGGAGAGACUGUCUAUGAUGACGAGCAGACCAUGUUUGUUUGUAAUACCUUACAGCCGGGCUGCAACCAGGCAUGCUACGACAAGGCAUUCCCCAUUUCACACAUUAGAUAUUGGGUUUUUCAGAUCAUCAUGGUGUGCACGCCUAGCCUCUGCUUUAUCACGUACUCUGUGCACCAGUCGGCCAAGCAGAAGGAGCGGCGGUACUCCACGAUCUACCUGACGCUGGAUAAGGAUCAAGAUUCUCUGAAGCGAGACGAAAGCAAAAAGAUUAAGAACACCAUUGUGAACGGAGUACUCCAGAACACUGAGAACUCCACCAAAGAAGCCGAGCCGGACUGCUUGGAGGUGAAGGAGAUCCCAAAUUCGGCCAUGAGGACUACAAAGUCCAAAAUGAGGCGUCAGGAGGGCAUCUCCAGGUUUUACAUCAUCCAGGUGGUGUUCAGAAACGCGCUGGAGAUUGGCUUCCUGGUGGGCCAGUACUUCUUGUACGGGUUCAACGUCCCGUCCGUGUACGAAUGUGACCGCUACCCCUGCAUCAAAGACGUCGAGUGCUACGUGUCCAGACCCACGGAGAAGACCGUGUUUCUGGUCUUCAUGUUCGCGGUCAGCGGGUUCUGCGUGGUGCUGAACCUGGCCGAACUCAAUCACCUGGGCUGGAGGAAAAUCAAGACGGCCGUGCGGGGCGUGCAAGCCCGGCGGAAGUCCAUUUAUGAGAUCAGAAACAAGGACCUGCCGAGGAUGAGCGUGCCCAACUUUGGCCGCACGCAGUCCAGUGACUCUGCAUACGUGUAAACAAAAACAAACAAAAAAAAAAAAAAAAAAAAAAAAAAAAAUCAACCCAUGAUGGACAUGAUGGACAGCUCCGCACGCCUAAAACUUGUGUCAUGAUUUUAAAGAGUGGGCAGAUUUAUUUAUUUACUUAAUUUACUUUCUGUUUGAUUUGGUGAUACUUUACGGACUUCGAGACGAACGUGGAUCACACGUUGGUUUACUUUUACUUAUUUUAUUAACGCACUGAUGCAACUUUUUAAGUAACGUUUCUACUUAAAGCGUGGAGACCAUGUUGAAGUGUUCGCAGAUUUACUCUUUCUUGGGCUGAACUUGAAAAGAGCAAAUGUAGAAGAAGAAGAAAAAGAAGAAGAAGAAGAUGAAGAAGAAGAUGAAGAAGAAGAAGGAGAAGAAAAAAAAGAAGAAAAACACUUGCACUAAAAGAGGUGAACACAUGAGAGCUUGAUCGUAUCCAAAUGUGCUGACAUUUUUUUCUCCACCCAUAUUUCUUUUAUAUGGCACCGUUAAACAGGGAAAAUAUAGCAUAUUCCUACCAGAUUUAUAUAUACCCAUUAUACAUAUAUAUAUAUAAAAAUAUAUAUAAAUAUAUAAAUCCUUACUGGUUAGCUAAAAUACAUCAGCUUGGUCAACUCUUUCUUCUUUUUUGUUUUUGUUGCCUGUGUUGCACCACUGACCUUAACAUAUGUAACCAUUCCAUUGCUUUCUAGCUAUAACUUGCAAAAUAGUAUCUGGUAAAUUUGCUGCAAAAAAACGCUAACGUCUGUGAAUUCCUUAAUUUAAGACACACCAAAGCGCCCACUGUUUUUAUUUGUGUUUAUUUUCUUGCUUUUCGUGUAAUCAAGUGCCAUACUUGUACAUAGACAUUAUAUAGAUUAUAAAUAUGUGUAUACAUAUGGAUAUAUAUAUAAAAAUAUAAAUAUAUAUAAAUAUAUAAAUAUCUGAUGAUAGUAAUAAUCAUGAAAGCUGAUUCCUUGCUUGGAUUAUGCUCAAUACUGGCCAAUUUAUUUUAUUUAUUUUGUUUGCUCCAAAUGUAUUUGAUGUGGUUUGACUGAAGAAAUUAAGAUAUUCAGAUUUUUUUUUUCUUUUUCCUGUCUUUUAUUUUUGGAAACGUCUGGGGAAAGAAAUGAAGUGCUAGUUUUUUUUUUUUAAAGAAAAAAAAAUAAUAACAAGACUCCCUCCAAUCACAGCUGAUCAAAUCUGAAAAGAAAAAGCACAAAGUUGAAUUUUUGUCAAAGAAUGGGCAAUUACAAUCUGCUCUGGUGCUACAGUUUUUCAUAGAAUGGUUUUAAAUGUAACCUUCUGAACCAGAAA